AUGGUCCAAAAGGCAUCGAUUGAAGCUCGCAAUGUAGUAGCAGACUAUUUUACAGUGUUCAACAAUGAGAUACGACGUUUUUUGGAUCCUUUAUGGUGUAAAUCCGAGCUUUCUAGCUCAUAUAUUCACAUUAAUAGCACGGUAAAAUGGAUAAACAUGGGCAACACCGAAGAUAUCGUGAAUGAGAGCGAUUCAGACUCGAGCGACGAUGAAGGGAGGGUAGAAGGAAACUAUUGCGGCGUUUUUUGGAGUCCCGAGGAAAAAGAGAUAUUCUUCCAUUUUUUGUCGCGGGCUUCGAUCCAUAGGCUUGACGAAUGGGCAGUGUUUUUGCCCCAAAAAUCCAAAUUUGAGAUUGAGGCCUACCAUGCAGUAUUGAGCAGGAACUUGAAGGAGCUUAAAAAAUUGGAUAGCAAGCGCCAUGGCGGAAUUUUAGCCAAAAAAGAGCUUCCCAUCGCGUACCAGAUGGACGAAUGUUUUGUCGAGCUGGAAGAGCAGAUCAGCAGAAAUGCAGACGAAGAGUUGGCAACCACGGAGACUGUGGAAACGGAAGCUGUGCUAUCAGAUGAGCAUGUGCAGAUGACACAAAUGGAAGUCCACGACCGUGAAGAAGCAAAUUCUUGCGAAGGGCUCAUCGGCCUAGAAAAUUGGUCUAAACGGUGGCGUCCAGUGUACUCAAAAACUGGAAUAAAAGAAUUACAACCGGCCUCCAAGAUUGCAUUGCCGUUCUCAGAAAGUUCCUUGAAGUUUUCUGAAAAGUGCGUAGAAUCUCACCUGCGCAAGAUCUUGUGGUACUCUAUUUUGCCAAACCUCGAGCGGAAACAUGUCCCCCGGAGCUGUCUUCUAAACGAGGAAACUCUGUUCCACUCAUCAGACCACCCUGAAGAAGAGGACGAAGUUUUAGUGAAAGGCGAGUUCAAGUCGCCCUUUCCGCACGUAGUUACCGAGGAAGACGUCUGGAAAGGACUCGCUGCGAUGCGACAAGAAGGGCUCGCGGCUCCAACUUUGGCCGAAACUGUUCUCUCUACUUUGAAAAAAUACAAACUGAAACAUAAAGAGGGCCGGAUUUUCAAGACUUCACGUUUGGCCAUGGGUGUUGUACCGCGAAUAUUAGCACACACUGAAGCCGCUCAGGAAUUGGAGAGCUUUGCUCGAAAAAGAUACAGCCCUAGCAUGAACGGAGAGGACCGAAACGCGGGCAUCUCCACGGGGUUCAUGACUAGCUAUGGAGGGCAUCGCAAGGGCCAAAAAAAUGGGCCUUUCGACCACAUACAUCAGAAACUCUUCCAGAUGAAUGGGAAGAAGAGGGACGCCGAGACUUUCAUUGAGGGAGACAGUUUUGACGUUAUAAACAAUCCGCUCGAGCAAACGCUUUGCGACCUGGAGACUGAGAAGUUGGAGGAGCACGACACCUAUAAUUCGCAGCAAUAUCAGCAUGCGCUUUUAAAGUUACUUCAAGGAGGAGAUAAGUGUAUGGAAACGUUCAAGUUAGAUCCUCCGAGAACAGAGUUCGACACCGAGACAAUACCUGAGAGCAUUCAACGGGAAUUCCAAUAUGAGUGA